CUUUUGAGGUGCGUGAGAAAAGUUUAAAUCUGGGUGAAAAUGAGUCAAUUCAACGGAGAUCUUCUUUGGGAAUUCAAUAGGAUUAAUUAUGCAUGUUUCGAAAAGUUUUUUGGAAAAUACGGACAGUUUAUCCAGUGGAAAUCGAACGAAUUUAUUCUAGAUAUUGGAUGUGGAUCUGGCGAUUUAACUCACAAGUACAUUUAUCCACUUCUUCCAAAGGACUUUCAACAAUUUCUCAUCACAGACAUCAACAGAGACAUGAUUGAAGUGGCCAAAAGGUUUUUCGUCGAAGAGCAGAAAGUUUCCUGUGACAUUCUGGACAUUUCUAGUGAAUUACCAAAUGAAUUGACGAACAAAUUUAAUCACAUCUUCUGUCUUAACUGCUUAAUGUGGGUGAAAAACCAAAGGAAAGCCUUUGAGAAUAUCUACAAUCUCUUAUCAGCGGAUGGACAAUUUUUCCUCUACUUUGUUACUAAACACGCCUUAAUGGAUACUCAAAUGGAAUUGUGUGCAAGACAGAAAUGGAGGAAAUUCAUAAAAAAUCCAGAAGAUUUUUAUCCUUUCCCCUACAGAAGUGAUCAAAAUGCAGUUGAAACUAUCAAAGAAAUGAUGAAAUCUAUUGGAUUUACUGAUUUCAACAUACAUUCUGAAGUCUCAACGUUUGCAUUUUGCGAUGAAAGUGAAUUUUUGGGAUUUUUCAAGGCUCUUCCCAAUCCAUUGCACUCGAUGACACCUUCAGAGCAAGAAGAUUAUCUGAAAGAAGCUGUCGAUUUAGCGACAGCGAAGAAUCUUAUCCACGAAUCCGGAGAAAGCAAAGAAAGUGGUACUCAUUUUGUAGUUUACGGCCGGAAAUAGACAA